AAACAACAGAAAACAAAAAUCUGUUAGGAUUAGUCUAACGUGCGUUGAGUUUAAGAGUAGAGAAAUCCAAAAUGGUUGCAUGUCACACAGCAUAGGGGCAAAACAUUUUAUUAUGCUGCUGUGUACAAAUGGCUUGGUGAGUUUGCACAUGUCCACAUGGAAGAUGCAUUUAUUUGAGAGAGAAAAAGUGACAGAUUUCAAUAUUAAAUAUUUAGUCUAGCCAUUGAAACAUGGUAAACGGAGAUUUUAAAAAUGAUGUAAUAGGAGUGAGAUUAUGUCACGUAUGAUUGUUGUGGACCUUUUGAAAUUACGAUCUGGCCAAGAAAAAAAAAAAACGGUACUUGAUUUAUUUUAGUUUUUUCUUUUAAACAAUAGUUAAUUACUGUACAUUUUUAAAGAUCUGCAUAUUUAAGAUUAACUCAUUUAAAACAUCAGUACAUAACCAUUUUAGCCCCCUGCCAAAUGUGUUGUCCUUACUUACAAUUCUUUUGUUUUAACCAAAAUACAGAAUCUAAGUAUCUUUUUAAAGUCUGGGUAGAGUCAUUUGAAAUGAAAUCCCUACUGUAAAUAUCAAAAUAUUGUAAAAAUAAGCCAUUUUCUUUUGAAGGUUCAUGUAGCUUUUGUUGCUUUAAACAAAUGUAGUUUAAGGCAAAAUAUUACUCUCAGAGUUACGAGAUGCCGAACUCUGGUACAGAGUAAUGCUAUUCUGCAUCUUUAACUGUUAUUGGGCACUGUUGGUCAGCUGGCUGAAGAAAAGGCUCCUAUGCUUUUCCAAUGCACAAAGGGAAGACAAAUUUGUCUGUUAGAAAUAUUGUAAAGUACAAUUAGCAAGUUAUAGAGUAAUAAACAGCUACAAUUACCUUGUUAUACUUAUGUUUGUCUAUGAAUAGUAGAACAAAAAAGGGAAAUUAUUGCUUUAGUCAGUGUUUAUAUUCAAGAUAACUAUAACUUAAUGUUAAAAAUAACGUUAUUAUAGCUGUAAAACCAUUAGUGACUGAAGUUUUUUUUCCAGCUGUAGAGCAAGCAUAGAGUAGUGAUACAUUAUUUUGCAACAAUAUGAUUAAUUGUUGCUUUUCUGAUUUAAAUAAAACCAAUUAGUUCAUGCUAUAUAUUUCUUGUUUUAGUAUGAUGCAUACCAUCAAACCAUCUAGUUUUUACUGAACGUUAUACACAGAACCAUGCCUAACCAUGACUGGCACAUGUGCUAAAAAAGAUAAGGAUAAAUGUUAAAGUCCCUGAAAAAAUAACAAAAUAAGCUACAUUUUAAAAUGGAGAAUCAUGGCCAGGCUCAGGAUGUUCUCAUCAUUAAAGCCAAUACAUGUGUAUUUCAGCGAGUUUUGAAGGUGGAUCCAGACACAGAGAGUGAGAGAGAGCGAGUGAGAGGGAGAGUGAGAAAGAGAGCGAGAGAGAGAGAGAUACAAACACAAACACUGAAGCAAGUCAGGGAGACUCCUCCUGUACCCAUAACAGGCCCCAAACGCAGCCAGGCGUUAUCAGAUAGGCGAGUACGACCCAACACGAUCAAAUUAGAUGUAAGAGACAAAGCUUUGAAGCAGAAGUACUUUCUAAAAACAUCAAACCAGGAAGAAGGAAGUUGCUGAUGAUCACUUCUAUAUUUACUCUUUAGUUUGUAUGAGAAACCAGAAUAACUACAUUCAAACCAUUGAACAUCUUAAAGAAGAAACUAUAAGCAGUGUGUUUACAAUACCCCAUCAUGUGUGAGGAGCAAAGCAAAGGCAAGGUUAACAAGAUUUACAGUAAUGGAUUUUACAGUGCGGUGAUGGAUGAAGAUAUAAGAGGAAUAGAAGGCAUGGUACAGAAGAAUGGGGCCAACUGUCAGAUUGAGAUACAAGAUGCUGCAUCUGGUGGACUGUUCUGGAAGUGCCAAGCCAUCGUUCCCCUUCAUCUGGCUGCUUCUUACAGAAGAGCACGCAGCAUGCAGAGUUUGCUGUCAGCAGGAGCUGAUGCUGAAAUCAAGGACCAGCUGGGUCGGACUUCGCUACACUUGGUCAUAAUUAACUGGCCGAUCAUCCCGACAACCGGGCCAAAACCUUACUCCGAGUUCUGGACCACGAUGACAAGCGCAGGCAGGAAGGGCGAAGCCUGUUUACGGCUCCUCUGUGAGCACGGUGUUAACGUCAACGCUCAGGUAAGGAGCUUUUACACAACAUUAAAUGUUAAAAAUACAAUCAAAUUUAUUCUAAAAUAUAAUUUUGUAAAUGCAGAUUAUUUUGUUAUUACUAGAUGGAUGAAAAAGCCAGCAGACGGCUCUUCAUGUAUCAGUGCGUUACAGAGCGCUGACUAGUUAUGGCGCUGAUGUUAACGCUGUGGACAGCAGUAGAAUGACACCUCUGCAUAUGGCAGCAGGGAUCCUCCAUAACAUUACAGCUAGUCUGAUCAGCCAGGGAGCUGAUGUCAACAUGGUCUGUAUUGCAACAUUGUUUAAAAUGUGGCAAAGACUUAAAGAAUGUCAUUUUCAUCUAUAUAGUAAACUUUUUUUUAAAGAGGAUGCAGCACUCUGGGAACACUCCCCUGCACAUCGCUGCAGUUGCAGUGAUGACAAAAACAACUAAAAUCCUGGAGGAAGACAUCAGCUGCAUCUCUGAGCUGCUGGAGCACGGAGCAAAGCCAAACAUCCUAAACAAGGCUGGGAUGUCACCAUUACACCAAGCAUGCAGCCUGGGGAAUGAGGAGCUGGUGGAUCUGCUGCUGAGAUAUGGAGGCAACGUCAAUAAGCGGAGCAAAGGAGGAGAGAGCUGUCUGUUCCUGUUCCUGGACCACAGGCCUAACAUGAGGAACAACUCUCUACUGAAGAAACUCCUCAGCCUGAGCUCCCCGCUCACAGUGUGCAACCAGAACGGCAGCUCGCCUUCAUCCCUGACUCAGCCAUGUUUCUUUAAACAGAGAGAGCAACUGUUCAACCUAACCCAGCAGCCAAAGACACUUCAGGAUAUUUGCAAAAGUAAUAUUUAUCUGAAACAUAUUAGAGGAGGAAAGGAGCAGCUCAGAAAAGCCCUUCCUGAACGCAUGUUUAACUUUGUCUUUAACCAAUGGGAGAUCCAAAACAUUUCCUUUGUGGCAGAGAAUGGAUUUGAUUUCCUCAAACAACAUAAUGUAUAGGAAGAGUUGGCUGACAUCCGUGUGUCAACCCACUGCUACAAGAUUUUAACUAUUCAAACUAGACAUAUCUUUUCACUUUCUGUCACAUUAAAACCACACACUUCCUCUUAUGUUAUUAGAAAUUUAUGCAGCUGACCAACACAAAGUUGUACAUAAUAGAAAAAUGGCAGAAAAAUAAAAUGUAUUUUUUUCAUAAAUUUUACAAAUAAAAUGUGAAAAGUG